AUGGCAAGGCCUUCUCCGAAUAGCAUGCACCACCAAUUCACUAGCUUCAUACCUUUUGGUUUUUUCAUAGCAUUAGCUGCGAUUUUCUCAGUGUUUUCGGCGGUGAUAUUUAUGUGCGGCGCUCACCAUGGGAUGAUAGCUUCUGUGAUGGGGAGAGAGAAGACGAAGACGAAGACGAAGACGGUGAGAUUAGGGGGCGAAAACAAGAAGAAGGGAAUGGAGAAGGUGAAGAGCAGCUUGAGCAGUAAGGCCCUGCUGAUGAGCAAGAUGGUUUCAUGGAGAAAAGUUGAUGAUUGCGCCGCGGAUGAUGAGGAGGAGGAGGACGACGUCGUUUGGAAGAAGACGAUCAUCAAGGGAGACAAGUGCCGGCCUAUUGAUUUCUCCGGCAAGAUUUUGUAUGAUUCCGAUGGAAAUCUUCUGCCGGAUUAA